UAUAAAAAUAAAAAAGAAAAUAUUGUUUCUCCGCAGAGUGUCUCCCGCGAUUACAUAGCGCAGGGGUACUUUUUUUGUUUACUUAGGGCGUUUGGUUUGGGAGCUCAACCAAAACACUCCUCUUUUACUUACUUACCUCCUUCCUUCCUUCUUCUUCAUUUCUCUCACCCACGAUCUCACACCUUUUUCACUCCAACCCCCUUUUCGAUUUCGACUCUCUCUCUACCAUUGUCAAUUUUCCAGUGUUGUGUCAUUAUUUACAGAAGUCUAGUUUGAGGAUAUCCAAGGAUGGAUCGUAAAGUUAUUGAGCUGGAUGAAGGAUGGACUUACAUGCAAAAGGGGAUUACAAAGCUGAAGAGAAUUUUGGAAGAAUUACCUGAACCUCCUUUCACUGGAGAGGAAUACAUGAUGCUGUAUACUACCAUCUACAACAUGUGUACACAAAAGCCCCCGCAUGAUUAUUCUCAACAGCUUUAUGACAAAUACCGAGAGGCGUUUGAAGAAUAUAUUACGACAAUGGUAUUGCCCUCUCUUAGGGAAAAGCAUGAUGAGUUUAUGCUGAGAGAACUUGUGAAACGCUGGGCAAAUCAUAAAGUUAUGGUUAGGUGGCUUUCACGCUUCUUCUUUUACCUGGAUCGAUAUUUCAUUGCUCGUCGAUCGCUUCCUCCACUCAAUGAAGUUGGACUUGCCUGCUUCCGAGACUUAGUUUAUAGAGAGGUAAAUUCUAAGGCCAGAGAUGCUGUGGUUGCUUUGAUUGACAAGGAGCGUGAGGGAGAGCAGAUUGACAGAGCAUUGCUGAAGAAUGUUUUAGAUAUAUUUGUUGAAAUUGGAAUGGGACAUAUGGAAUCUUAUGAACUGGAUUUUGAGGGACCAAUGCUACUGGACAGUGGUGCAUAUUAUUCUCGUAAAGCCUCCUAUUGGAUUUUGGAGGAUUCUUGUCCUGAUUACAUGUUGAAGGCCGAGGAAUGCUUGAAAAGAGAGAGAGAUAGAGUCUCUAAUUACUUGCAUUCGAACAGUGAGCCAAAGUUGGUGGAGAAAGUGCAACAUGAGCUGUUGGUCGUUUAUGCAACCCAAUUACUUGAGAAGGAGCACUCUGGAUGUCGUGCUCUGCUUCGAGAUGAUAAGGUUGAGGAUCUUUCAAGGAUGUACAGACUAUACCAUAAAAUUCAGAAGGGGCUUGAACCAGUUGCCAAUGUUUUCAAGCAGCAUAUUACCAGUGAAGGGACAGCACUAGUCCAACAGGCAGAAGAUGCUUGCACUAACCAGGCUGCAAGCGGUGCUAGUGCUCAGGAACAGGUCCUUGUCAGAAAAAUCAUUGAGCUGCAUGACAAGUUUAUGGAAUAUGUGAAUGAUUGUUUUCUUAACCAUACUUUGUUUCACAAGGCUUUGAAAGAGGCUUUUGAGGUGUUCUGCAAUAAAACUGUUGCUGGAACUUCAAGUGCAGAACUGCUUGCUGCUUUUUGUGAUAAUAUCCUUAAGAAAGGUGGGAGCGAGAAGUUGAGUGAUGAGGCUAUCGAAGAUACUCUAGAGAAGGUUGUCAAGUUACUUGCAUAUAUUAGUGACAAAGACCUUUUUGCAGAAUUUUAUCGGAAGAAGCUUGCUCGUCGUCUACUUUUUGAUAGGAGUGCCAGUGAGGAACAUGAAAAAUGUAUUUUAACUAAGUUGAAACAGCAAUGUGGCGGUCAGUUUACUUCCAAAAUGGAGGGGAUGGUCACUGAUUUGACUUUAGCUCGUGAGAAUCAGACCAACUUUGAGAAGCAUCUAAAGGAAAACCCAAAUGUAACUCCAGGGAUUGAUCUAACUGUCACUGUUCUUACCACUGGGUUCUGGCCAAGCUACAAAUCUUUUGAUUUAAACCUGCCUGCAGAGAUGGUAAAAUGUGUUGAGGUGUUCAAGGAAUUCUAUGAACUAAAAACAAAACAUAGAAAACUAACGUGGAUUUAUUCUUUGGGCACUUGCAACAUUAAUGGGAAGUUUGAGGCUAAAACUAUUGAACUGAUUGUUUCAACGUAUCAGGCUGCUGCACUACUUCUAUUCAAUUCGGCUGAUAGGUUAAGCUAUUCUGAGAUAAUGACUCAGCUAAAUGUAAACAAUGAUGAUUUGGUGAGAUUACUGCAUUCCUUGUCUUGUGCAAAGUACAAGAUCCUCAACAAGGAGCCGAACACAAAGAUUAUUUCACCGAACGAUAUUUUUGAGUUCAACUAUAAGUUCACAGACAGAAUGAGGAGAAUUAAGAUUCCUCUUCCGCCAAUGGAUGAGAGAAAGAAGGUGAUUGAGGAUGUGGACAAAGACAGACGGUAUGCUAUUGAUGCUGCAAUUGUGCGCAUCAUGAAAAGCCGGAAAGUUUUGGGUCAUCAACAGCUGGUUCUGGAGUGCGUCGAGCAGCUGGGUCGUAUGUUUAAGCCUGAUAUCAAAGCGAUCAAGAAGCGAAUUGAAGAUCUCAUCACACGGGACUAUCUCGAGCGAGACAAAGAUAAUGCUAACAUGUUUAAGUACUUGGCGUGAUAUAUGGGAUGUUGGGUGAUUGGCAUUGCGGAUUCUCCAAUUAUAGAUUUGCUGUAAAUGUUGUGCAGCUUGUUUUUACUAUUUCUAGGAUUUUGAAAUAGGAGUGAACUCAGUGAGAGAUUUAUUACCUUUGAAAUUCAUUUUUGCGCACUUGAACACUUCACCAAUCCUUGAGAAAAGGUUAUAGGAAUAUCCAUUUUAUGUGAACGAAUGAAAGUUGUUAUGGCAGAUUCUUUUAGGCUGGGAAAUUCGAGCUUUUAUGCCUAAAGAUUCUCCGUCCGUAAAAAUAUAAAAA